AUUCAAUGCGCAGGUCUUUUUACUUUGUGAUUCUAUUUCGUGAAUAUUCGAAGGAGUUGCUACUAUUUCGUCAACGUUGAAAAUGACAUCUAAUCAUAUAUUCGAUUUUGACGCUAACAUGGCCGGAACGAGAAGCUUAAUCCGAGGUUUUAGUACAAUCCCAGGUUCUGCGAUGAUCCUGGGGGGAGGAAGCAGCAGUAGUAUAGCGGCAGCAAUGCAAGACGAUAGUUCAAAUUCAUUUUUUGGUGCAAGUGCUACAGAUGCAAACGAUUCGAGUGUGGUAUCUUCAAAAGAACCUGAAUUUGAUACUUUAUACCGGCAUUCAGUUACAAUGACUGCUGUUUACUGUGUCGCUUAUAUACUCGUAUUUAUAGUUGGUCUAAUUGGAAAUAGUUUUGUAAUAGCUGUUGUUUUGCGUGCACCACGAAUGCGUACUGUUACUAACUUUUUUAUAGCGAACUUGGCCGUUGCGGAUAUUCUUGUGAUAGUGUUCUGCCUACCAGCAACUCUGAUGAGCAACAUUUUUGUACCGUGGAUGCUUGGUUGGCUCAUGUGUAAAACUGUGCCAUACAUUCAAGGGGUGUCAGUAGCUGCCUCUGUCUACAGUCUGAUUGCAGUUUCGCUGGACAGAUUCCUGGCCAUUUGGUAUCCCUUAAAACAGAUGACGAAACGCCGAGCACGCAUCAUGAUUAUGUGCAUUUGGAUAAUAGCCUUGGGAGCUACAAUUCCAUGGGCUCUAUUUUUCGAUUUGGUGACAACUCAUCCCACAGCUCCCGGAAUAGUUGUUUGCGUUGAAAUUUGGCCACCGGGAACAGAUGGAAAUCUGUACUUUUUGCUAGCCAAUUUAGUCGCUUGCUAUCUUCUACCAAUGGCAUUAAUUACGCUUUGCUAUGUCCUCAUUUGGAUAAAAGUGUGGACAAGAUCUAUACCUGGCGACUCCAAAGAUGCACAAAUGGAUAGAAUGCAACAAAAAUCGAAAGUUAAGGUUGUAAAGAUGCUGGUUGCUGUUGUUAUUUUAUUUGUGCUAUCAUGGCUGCCGUUAUAUGUAAUUUUUGCAAGGAUUAAAUUUGGAGGAGAACGUUCAAGUCAGGAAGAUGAGAUAUUGAGUAUAGCAGCACCUAUCGCCCAAUGGCUCGGUUCAUCCAACUCGUGCAUCAAUCCGAUAUUAUAUGCUUUCUUCAAUAAAAAGUACAGACGAGGCUUUGGUGCUAUCAUAAAGUCCCGGACAUGCUGUGGAAGAUUGAGAUAUUACGAUAAUGUUGCCAUAGCCUCGUCAUCGACCAGCACUCGAAAAUCAUCCCACUAUCAGAACAGUGCAAAGAAGGGGCCGUGCAGCAGCCCAUCAAUUAAAUCCGACGCUGUCUCUUACAUAUAUGAAAACAAUAAUAACAAUUCUGCCCGUCAUCAUCGCCAUCAUCACAUUGUCGCCAAGCAGGAUAGCAAUUUGUCACGGCAAAUGCUUUUAAAGCAAGACAGCAACGUUUCCAGGCAAUCACUCCUUAAAAAUCAGGACUACCAUGGUUCUCGCCAAUUGCUAAUCAAGCAGGAAAGUAGUGGGGGAAGUAGUUGUGUUUCACGCCAGGAUAGCAAUGCCUCAAGGCAGAUGUUGUUGAAGCAGGAUAGUAAUGGGUCAAGGAACUCGUUGGCAAAGCAAGAUUCACAAAUCUCCUACAUUGAGACAAAACGAGGUCAGCUGAUGCGACAGGAUUCGGAUUUAUCGAAACGUGACUCGUAUUCUACAACUGAUAGCGUAUCAAUUGAUUCAAGACGUGGUAUUUUAUGCAAACAGGAUACACAGAUUUCAUACAUUGAAAAUUUUCAUCCAUCGAGUCGAAAGUCUAAUAAUAACCAUUGCCUCGCAAGUCAGGAUAGUAUUGUAUCGUUUAUUGAGCACAAAAGACAUAAAUUGGUUAAACAGGAUUCAGUUAUAUCUUUUGCGGAUCAGAGACCAGAAUCAAGGCGACAUCAACUAGUAAAACAGGAUUCGGUGAUAUCAUUUGCCGAUCAAAAACGAGGUUGCCUGACAAAACAGGACUCUGUGAUAGCAUAUCCUAACCGGAAUGGUGAAGGCCAUCAUGUGUCCAUUUUAAAGAAAACCGACUCACAAACUAGCAACUCGCCACGAAAAAAUAUUGAAUUUGCCGAAUAGAACACACUUAUUUAUAUCUAAUACAUAUAAACAAUAAAUACAACAAAAAUACGAAUAAAUACCUUCGGAAGGGCAUUGAAGCACCUUCCAGCGAAUGAUUGUGUGAUUUAUGAUUUCUACAUGGUUUGCAUUAAAAAUCUGUCACUAACAAAUUUGUGUAGGAGGAAGAAUAUUUACAACUUUUUAUAUACUGCAAACCACUACAAAAGGCCAUGCAGUGAAAUAUCUUUAAGGAAUCGUUGCAAGUGACAAGAGAAUACCAAAUGAAGGGUAAAAAUCCAAAACGAAGUCUAUCUAAUUCUCCUGCCUGAAAGAGAUUGUGUUUUAUAUUAUAAUUAAAGAAAACUGCAUUUAAUAAUAAACAAAUGAUGAAUGCGUGAAUGAAAGAUUUAUAUGAGAAAUUCCUAUCCAAGAAUAAACGUACAGAACGAAUUGUCUAUCAAUCGAAGUAAAACGAAUGAAAAUACCCUUACACAUCUCCAAUAAAGCACUUACUUGUAUACAAUAGAAUAACUAUAUUUGUUACCAAAAAUAUAUUUAGAUAUCAGCAUGUAAGUCAUUCAAACGAAUAAAAUAAUAAGAAAUAAGUAGGAUGCCGUAUUUAUAGAUAUAUACCUAUACAUAUACCCAGAUAACAUUAACUAUAAUCUAAUGUCGUUUACUAGCCAUUCUCUAAACCUAAAUGUGUUGCAUUUCCCUUUGUUUCAUGUUGUGAGACCGCAAAGGGGAAAUGUUUGUUUGUUUCUUUUAAGUGUUUUAGGAAUAAUAUUACAAUAUAUGCAUUUAUACUAUGACAAAAACGUUUAAUACCAAGUAGAAAUUUAGUGAAAUGGAAAAACUGUAAGCAGCAAAUUGAUUAGGAUAAGAUCAUAUUGAUCGCGAUGGAAAAUGGAUGAGAAGUGCAAUAGAAAAUGUUCUAAAAUGCAUUAUUUGUCUGCUUUAUGAAACAUUUUUCCGGAAAAGUUCUUUCACCUUUAAUUUGGCUAUUUCUAUGAUUUUCUAUUUUCUUCGUAAUAUAGGGCCUAGCCCUGUAUCUAACGUUGUUAUCCUAAUCUAAAUCAAGAAUUCAAUAACGACGACACCAUCAUUGAUUGUGAAUUACCACAAUCUUAAGAAUUAGACUCGGGGGGUCCUAACUUGAAUCUUAAAAAAGGACCUCUGGUGUCACGUCUUUACUAGUUCGGGAGGAUGAUUUUCUAAAAACCUUCCAAACUUCAAAAAACGCCUAGUGAAACAGAAGCCUAGUAAACCUAGUGAAGUUGAAGUUGGGACAAUAUCUGCCAUCGACAGUAUGGUAGGAACCACAA